UGUGAAGAUCAGCUGGUCCUUGGCAUACAUUUCUAGGUUAGGCAUAUUGAAGAAGGAAACAAGAAUUUCCUCAUGCGACUCGAGCGUCUUUGUUAGAUACAUAUGCCUAGUCAAGCCUUGCAUGAACAUGUGCUGUUUUGCCGGUCGCUUAGAUCGUAUAUCAGUGUCAUUGGCGGCCAUCGGAGGUCUCACAUACCGCAAGGUCAGUAUAACAUAGAGGACAAAAAUGUCCAAUUUAAUAACGAUCCCAUGAUCUCUACAUUUUCCAUUGACGAUGCAACAUAUACCUACAAAGGACCAGAACAGUAUCCCCAUGCCGACUGCGUGGCCUGGAUAUACGAACAUGCAUAGCGAGAUAUCCAUUCCGAGGACUUCAACCUCACAGCUCUCGAGGCCAUGGUCCCAUCCACCAUCCUACUCUAAGCAACCAGGAGACAUGGAACUAAGCGACUGGGCAUCAUCAUCAAACUCCCUCGAGUGGUCUUCACCUUCGCAUGCCGAAGCCAGAUCGGUGAUAUCCACACCGCCGCCCUUCAGAGCGACGACCCAUCUGCAAAUCCAGUCGCAAGGCAAAGCACUACACUCGCUGCCAACACCGACCAGCCCGACGCCGCUCCCGGUCUUCACACUCACACCCGACGGGCGUCUGGACCGCCUCAUAUACCUUUCCGUGCGGCCCAAGCGAAGCUCGGGCUCCUGCUUCCUAGCCCGCGGCGACGACGAGCAGGAAACACCGCUCACGGCGACGACGUACCGCUUCGGGCCCGGCCGGCCACCAGCCGUCCGUCUCGGCAAUCCCGACGACCCCGGGGGUCCACAGGAGGAGUUCGAGGUCCGCAGCCUCGGGCUGUUCACGAGGUCCCAGAGCAUGCGGACGAGCCUGGGCACUUUCGAGUGGCGCUACGCUGGCUCGGGGGCGAGGGCCGUGGAGUCUGCCGACAACGUCCUUGUUCUGGAGCGGGUCGCGAGCACGGGUCACCUGGGCGGCACGGGCGAGUCGUGCACGAGGGUUGCGCAGUUGGUGCGGAAUAGGGCGUUUCGCACGCCGGGGACGUGUCGGGCUACUGCGGGUAAUGGCGGGAGGCUGAUGUUGGAUCUGAGUGGUUUUGAUGAGAAGGAGAGGGAAAGAGUGCAGGUGCUCGUUGUCACGACGGCGAUCGUCAUGCUGAAGAAGGAGGUUGAUCGGAGGAGAAGGGACGGGCCGUAUUCUCUUUGGUGGUUGUGAACGUAUCUCAUUGAGACAUGUUGUGGCUGUUCGAUAUGUAAAGACAUGCUCUCUAAUUCUGUUUCGUUCGGUAUUAAGGAAACUUCUGACUACAUUCAACUCCCAUUAUCAUAAUCAUGGCGUCCCAAGAGUUAGACCUUUCUCAGUUUAUUAUAACCGGUCUUGGUUAUAUGAGAUAAGAAAAUGUGAGACAAUAGCCGGAUACUGGGACAUCAAGAGGAGCAUCUAUUUGACUCUUCUUGGGGGUGGGGUUUCCCAAAAAUAAUAAUUUAAUAAAGGUUCGGGAUAUCAUGGGAUGGGACCAUUUGCCUUCAUUUUACCAGUGUGAUAUUAUUCAAUAAACCGACACUAAUUCUU